AUGGAUAGACUUGCUUAUUAUCAGCCAGGGGAAUGUCUUGAAGAUAUUUUAAUUCAAAGUGGUCAUGUUGGGAUAUUUGAUGGAGAUGCCAAGCAGACUGGCUACGAGCAGGGAACGCUUUCACUAACUUUACAUCGGGUAAUAUGGGCAGAUUCUAAUGAUCCUGAUUGCCGCUUAGUCCUUCAUCAUUCUUUGGUCACGAAAAUUGAGCGCCAUCACAGGUCUAUGUUUCGUCGGGGAGGGAAGAUUGUUGUUUAUUUGAAUCCAAAACCACCAGGUCGAUUUACCAGCCCUGUAGCUUCAAGCCCUAACAAUUUUAUUCGUUUCGUUUUUCAAAGUGGCGGGGAAGAUGACUUUUUUGAAAAAUACAAUGAUGCUCUUGCACGACAAACGUGGCGGGAAACUAUGUCAAGCUCCACGUCUAGCUCUCUAGGAGUUGGCUUUAAACUUUUUCCUUGUCCAAGCAUGCACUUGAAUAGUUAUUUUUCGAGUUUUUUCUGGUUUUACCAGUUCUAUUUACAGUCACGCAGUAGUGGUGGCAUAGUAACUAGUCGAGCUGUAGGAAUAUCUGGCAUAGAAAGGCGGUAUGCAGAAAACCAUCGAAGAACUCACGAAAGUAUUAGUAUGGCUUUCGAGGAUAUGAGUAGAUUAAUGGAAUCUGCUCGCGAUAUGGUUGCUUUAUCAAAAAAUAUUACAGAGAAAGUUCGAAGUCGUAAAGGAGAAAUAAGUGACGACGAGACAGUUCGUUUUAAAUCCUAUUUAUUGAGUCUUGGAGUCAGUGACCCCGUAACAAAAGCAACGUUUGGAAGUGGUGCAAAGUAUUAUUCAAAGCUCGCCGAGGAAUUGUCUUCUAUACUUGUUGAACCGCUGAAGGAGUGCGGUGGUAUGAUGACGAUGCCAGAAGCGUAUUGUCGAGUCAAUCGGGCUCGUGGUUUGGAACUGAUAUCGCCUGAGGACCUUUUGAAUGCUUGUCAAGCACUUCAUACGCUUCCCUUACCAAUAACGAUGCAUCGUUUUCCAAGCGGUGUCAUAGUUUUACAGUUACGCGAAAUGAGCGUUGAAACGACAAUUGAUAGUACCGCAGAAUUUGUCGCCGCGAUGGGUUCCUGUAGUGCUAAAGACCUUGCUGACAGCCUCGGAAUUACAGUUGUGCUUGCGAAAGAACGAUUACUGGCUGCUGAAGAACAGGCGAGGCUGUGUCGAGAUGACAGUAUGGAAGGGUUGAAGUUUUUUCCAAACAAAUUUUUGUCAGUCACUUGA